CCCACAGGCUCCCAGGCAGCUGUGCCCCCUCCACCAGUGGGUCUGGCUGCUAUUGACACUCUCCCCCUCUUUUCCAGGCAGGUGCCUUCUGAUGGUUUCGAGUGGAGGCCUCGGGUUGUAGCUGGGGCUCCUCCAUCCCCCCCUCCUCCUCUCUGUGGCUCCCCCUCCCCCCACAUGCUCCAUACCUGGACUCACUAAUGACAGCCUGGAUCAUCCUCCCCAUCAGCCUCUCCACUUUCUCCAUCACCGGGAUAUGGAUCGUCUACGCCAUGGCAGUGAUGAACCAGCACGUGUGCCCCGUCGAGAACUGGUCCUACAACGAGUCCUGCUCCUCCAGCCCUGCCAUGCCUGGCUCCCCCAAGAGCUGCUGCACCCUGGAGGACGUGCCUCUGAUCAGCAAGUGCAGCACCUACCCCCCUGAGCGCUGCCUCUUCAGACUCAUCGGCCAUACGCACGGCGAGGGCGCCUGCUUGCUGGGGGGGGGCUGGAGGGGCCGGCUCAGUGCUGGGGUGUCCCUCCCUCUGUGCCAGGUGGACUACGCCAAGUCCCUGCACUACAUGGGGGCAGGCAUCGCCUUCCCUGGCAGGCUGCUCUUCGUCUGCCUCCAGUGCGUGCUCACCUACCACGCGGCCGCCAGCCCCCUGGACGGCUGGAUGGCGCAUCUCCGCGUCUCGCUCACCGCCGUGGCCUUAAUCUCCUUGGUCCUCAGUGGCGUCUUCUUCAUUCACGAGAGCCCCCUGCUGCAGCACCUGGCGGCUGUCUGCGAGUGGGUCUUCGUCAUCGACAUGCUGGUUUUCUACGGCACCUUCGCCUACGACUUCUGGGCCGUCCCCACGGACACGCUGGUGGCGGCGCUGCAGCAGGCCGGCAGCCGGGGCUGCAAGUCACCCGGGAGCAGCAGCACCUCCACCCACCUCAACUGCACCCCGGAGAGCAUGGCCAUGAUCUGAGGGGGGCUCCUCUUUUGUACCAAAAAAGAGAAUUUUUAAAGGAAAACCCAGGAGUAGGGCUGCACCGAAUUAACCUGCCUGCGCCUCUGCCCAGUAGCAGCCAAAGGGAGCCCUGGCCUGGCCCCCAGGGGCUGUGGGGUGCCACUGCUCCUGGUGCUCCCCCAGUCCUAGCAGUGGGCAAAGGGCCGUUUCUCUGGGUAGCAGUUGGGUAGGUUUGUCUGUGGCGCUGGGUACAGGAGCAGGGCGAGCAGCCUGGGGCCAACCCAGCCCCACGCAGGCAG